UCUCUCUCUCUCUCUCUCNCCCAUGGAGUCCGCCACUCUCUCCCGCAUUGGCCUCGCCGGCCUCGCCGUCAUGGGCCAGAACCUCGCCCUCAACAUCGCCGAGAAAGGUUUCCCGAUCUCCGUCUACAAUCGCACCACCUCCAAGGUCGACGAAACCCUAGAUCGCGCUGCUGACGAAGGGAACCUCCCUGUCUCCGGCCAGUACUCGCCCCGCGAUUUCGUCCUCUCGAUCCAACGGCCCAGAUCUGUCAUCAUCCUCGUUAAGGCCGGUGCUCCCGUCGAUCAGACCAUCGCCGCGCUCUCCGAGCACAUGGAGCCCGGCGAUUGCAUCAUCGAUGGUGGAAAUGAGUGGUAUCAGAACACCGAACGGCGGAUUCAGGAGGCGGAGCAGAAGGGUUUGCUGUAUUUGGGGAUGGGAGUCUCCGGCGGCGAGGAAGGCGCUCGUCAUGGUCCCUCGCUCAUGCCCGGUGGAUCUAUCCAGGCGUACAACAACAUCAAUGAUAUCCUGGAGAAAGUCGCGGCUCAGGUUGAGGACGGUCCUUGUGUCACCUACAUCGGAGAAGGCGGGUCUGGAAAUUUCGUGAAAAUGGUUCACAACGGGAUCGAGUACGGUGAUAUGCAGCUGAUCUCGGAGGCUUACGACGUGCUGAAGAACGUUGGAGGGCUGAGCAACGACGAGCUCGCCGACAUCUUCGCAGAGUGGAACCGAGGUGAGCUCGAGAGCUUUCUGAUUGAAAUAACUUCGGAUAUCUUUAGGGUUAAGGAUGAACAUGGUGAUGGAGAGUUAGUGGAUAAGAUACUGGAUAAGACCGGCAUGAAAGGUACCGGGAAAUGGACUGUUCAGCCGGCUGCAGAGCUCUCUGGGAGCGGAUUGAAGGAGGAGAGAGAAAACGCGGCCAAAGUGUUGAUCGAGGCUGGAUUGAAAGAGGAAAUCGGUUCUGCGUCUCGUGGCAUUGACAAGAAGAGAUUGAUCGAUGAUGUGAGGCAAGCCCUGUAUGCUUCAAAAAUCUGUAGCUAUGCUCAAGGUAUGAACUUACUGAGGGCUAAGAGCUUAGAGAAAGGUUGGAACCUGAACAUGGGAGAAUUGGCUCGGAUCUGGAAAGGUGGGUGUAUCAUCAGGGCGGUUUUCUUGGACAGGAUCAAGAAAGCUUACCAGAGAAACCCUAAUCUGCCAAGCCUUGUGGUCGAUCCCGACUUCGCCAGAGAGAUGGUCCAGAGGCAGGCCGCCUGGAGGAGAGUGGUGGGUUUGGCAAUCUCCACAGGGAUAAGCACGCCCGGAAUGUGCGCAAGUCUUGCGUAUUUCGACACGUAUAGACGUGCCCGGUUGCCGGCAAAUCUUGUCCAGGCACAGAGAGAUCUCUUUGGAGCCCAUACAUAUGAAAGGAUUGAUCUUCCUGGUUCUUACCACACUGAAUGGACUAAGCUUGCCAGGAAGAGCAAUGCAGGUGUUGGCUCAUUCCCAUGAGUUGUUUGUGUUUUUUUCUUAUGUUUGUGUUGGGGCUUUGUUCCAUAAUGUCGUCCUUCAAAUUUUCAUGCUUUAGGCAUAGGAAAAAAUGGAAAACCCAGCCAUUGUUUCAGCUGUUUCAAGAGUUUUAACAAGAAAUGCAAUGCCCUUUCUGCCA